AAAUGUUUUGUCCUUCACCUCGGAAGCAAAAAAAGAGCACCGGACACCCUUCUGCGUCUCCUUAAGGGACUGGUGGAAACCAGCUUCGGAAGUCACGCGCGAGGCGCUGUAUGCGGACACCAGUGGACACGCUCAAUGAUCUGCACUACCGCAAAUGUCAAUCACGGAGCUACCUGAGCAGCACCGCCGGGAGGAGAGAAA